UCGACAGCGAAAAACGAAGACCAGAACGUAGAGAUGAGGUCCCUGUUGAAGUUUGUGGUGAUUCUUUUCUGCGUCGAGAGGGGACAAGGCCACUUGCUGAGAUCGCUGAUUGAUCUGAAACGACAGACAGCAUCUGCACACAUUUCUCCAGAUGAGGACAAAAGGAGCAGUUAUUCAGCAGUUGAAAACAGUCACAUGGAAGCUUCUGGAGUCGGAUCAUCUUUGAAUCCCAUCGUACCAAUCCCGGUUCGAUCACGCCGCUCAACUCUGGACUCCCAGUGCGGCCUCCACUCCAUCCUGCUGCAGGUUCGGGACCUGGGGCUGGGCUACGACUCAGAUGAGACUAUUUUAUUCAAGUACUGCAGUGGCACAUGCCCCCGUGUGCGCUCCAACCACGACCUCACCCUCACCAACCUGCUGCUCACUGGACUUCUCCCCAGCCCAGUGCCCGGGGAGCUGUGGCACAAUGCUCCCUGCUGCAGGCCCACCCACCACGAGGACGUGGCCUUUCUUGAUAACUCGCACCGAUGGCACAAGGUGGAGAAGCUGUCAGCUGCCGGCUGCAGUUGCGUGGGCUAGAUGGCUGAGAGUAAACGGGUACUGUAAAAGGGGGACAUGAACUUGGCGAACAUUCUCUUGUAAUGUCUGUAUAUGAAUGAUUGAACUUUUGUUCUUUCGUGGCAUGCUGUCAGUGAAGUGGAAAUCAGUUCUUAUGAAAUGGGAAACUCAAUAAGCUGAAAAUAAGCUGUUUUCUUUAUGACUUCUGGGUGAAAAUAUCAAAACUACUUAGCUGUCUUAAAUGUUGGACUGCAGUUGCUGUUCUCAUUGACUCAGUUUUAAUGGCAUGUCCGCUAAAAAUGUGUGUAUGGGGCAUUAGAAGUUAUCUGUUCAAAAGUGCAUUGAUCGUUUUUUGUCUUUUAAUGAAAGCUUUACUAUUUUAUUAUUGCUAACUGAUUUUUGUUGUAAAUAUUUUCUGAUCUAAAAGGGUAAACUAAGCUUAAGUGUCAAUGCAAUUCUUCAACAACAACUUGACCAUUUUGUUUAUACACUCAUAUGUAUUUAUUUAAACUCUUCGGUGCGAUGUUGGGGUUGAAUAACAGAACUGACAUGUACAAAGCUGCGUAGACACGCCCAGUGGUUCGACAAUCACUGCGGAUUGCAGUGGACAGUUUUAAAUGUAUGUAAGAUAAAAUGUAUGUAUGUAAGAUAAGUUAUUUAUUUAUUUGAUACUUUUUUGUCAUUUUCAUUAUAUUUAUUUUACAAUUACAAAUUAAACUGCAAAUCUAUGAUGUCCACAAUCUCUGAUAAAAAUAAACUCUUGCUGACCACAUCUGAAUUUAUGGGAGUUAUCUUAGUUGAAAA